GUCGAAGCUGGCUUCACUGUCAAUUCGAGAGCUGCGAAGAGUACGCUCGCGUCUAUUACGUGGUGUGUUUAUAGUGAAGUGGAUUUUGUGAUGAGAUUAUCGAAUGUCGUGAAGUGAAAGAUAGUGUUGUUUUUACCAAGAAGUGCAAUUAGUGUGUUUCAAACAAUGGUUUUAGCUAACUUGGUGUGAUUUAUCAAAAUGUGCAAAGCACAAUUGUGCGCAGAAUUGAUUUUUGCCACGUAGUGACGCGAACGGGUAAUGAUUCCUAAUGUGGAGCUCGAAGCAAGAUGGUUAGAGAGACUCGGCAUCUGUGGGUUGGAAAUUUACCCGAUAACAUUCGUGAAGAUCGAAUAAGGGAGCACUUCAAACGCUAUGGCCGAGUCCAGAAUGUCAAAUUAUUGGGUCGAACAGAAAACGCUACCAUUGGCGUGGGUAGUAGCGGGAACAGUGGCAUUUGUGCCACAGUUGCAUUCAUGGACAUCAAGUCUGCAUCAAAGGCACAUAAUGCAGAGCAUGUGCUGGACGAACGUACCCUUACCACCGAGUAUUACGAGCCGGCUGCGAUACCGUCGGCUGCGGGUGCGCCCUCGGCCGGCUCCUCACCUGCCGGUUCCGGUUACUCGGGCUCUUCGUCCUCCGUGAAUUCCACUCCUGCCCCCGCCUCUGUAUCGCGCUACCACAUGACCGGUGGAGAAGACGGCACAGGCAACACGUGUCCACUAGCAGCAUCCGCAGCCGCGCCGGCCACUUGGCGCGGCACCAAUGACAGUGCCACCGAGUAUUGUCGUCGUGGCAACACGCCCGCUGCUUACGGCAGGUAUCAGCGCAACAACUCCACAGCUCCCUAUGCGACCCCACCUUCAAAUGUCGAAAGGACAACACCUCAUCAUCGAUGGUACGCGAGUGGCGAAAGAGCGGCAGGAGCGACAGGUGGCGAAAGCACGCCCAGCACUCCGGGCGGCGGCACCGAGAGCGGCCGGCGGCGGCGCCAUUCGGGCUCGGGCUCCUCGAGAUCGGAGUCCAGCUCGCCCGAGCCCAGCGACACGUCGCGAGCCUCCACACCCGCCGCACAGCCGCCGCUCCCACACCACGCCAACCAUCGGGCGCCGCAUCCGAAUCAGCACCAAUGGGCGGCAGCGUCGAGCGGAAGAACUCUAGCCAUAUGCGUUCGAAACCUGCCAACGAGAUCAACUGAUAGCUCUUUAAAGGAUGGACUCUAUCACGAGUACAAGAAGCAUGGAAAAGUAAUGUGGGUUAAAGUUGUAGGUCAGAAUGCAGACCGAUAUGCUGUUGUGCGAUUCAAGAAACCGUCCGAUGUGGAAAAAGCGUUAGAAGUUUCGCAGGACAAGCUAUUUUUCGGAUGUAAAAUUUCUGUGGCACCUCACCAAAGUUGCGAUGAAGAUGCGGAUUCAGCUAAACCUUACGAGACUGAUAUAGAUGAAUACCAUCCGAAAGCAACUAGAACGUUAUUUAUUGGUAAUUUAGAGAAAGAUGUUACGCAACAACAGCUCCGAGACAAAUUUAAGCAUUUUGGCCGAAUAAUUGAAAUAGACAUAAAGAAAGGCAGUGGCGGAGGGGCUGGCUACGCUUUUUGUCAAUACGCUUCAAUAUCAAGCGUAGUGGAGGCGAUACGCGCUAUGGAUGGCGAAUAUGUAGGAGGAUCACGCGUCAAACUCGGCUUUGGCAAACCCGUGGCUACCACUUGCGUAUGGGUCGAUGGUCUCACCGAACACACAGAGAAACAGGUGCUGGGCGCGGUGUCGCGGUGCGGCGCGGCCACGUCGGUGUGCGUGGACCGCGCGGCGGGCGCGGCGCUGGUGCACUUCGAGCAGGCGGCGGCGGCGGGCGCGGCGGUGCGCGAGCUGCGCCGCGUCGCCGCCACCGUCUCCGCCUCCGAGCCCGACCACCCCAGACUUUGCGUAGACUACGCCUCGCGCGAGUGUCAGGAAGCCUUCUAUGAGCAGCUUGAAAAACAUGGAGGAUCCGCAGCACUCGCGGGGUCUGAACGAUUGGUCGGGGAUGUGUCGACACGAUAUUUGCCAUCCACUCGACACGAAUCUUUGCGAUAUGAGAACUGUGGUUCUCGUUCACGAGCUUCAAGUUACGGUCGUGGGUCGUCUCGAACCCCGCGGUAUACUGCUGUUGAACACUACGAUCCUACAGACUACGCGGCGGAUCGACGAUACAGGGUAUAUGACGAAGUGGGGUCUAGUCCUCAGACUGAAGAGGCACCUUACGAGGAUAGACUACAGUCUGUUGUUGUUUCACCACACCGUGCCCGAAGACACAGACGCGACUCGAGCCCUGAAGAUAGAAAACAUUCAAAGGACCGCCAUCCGCGAGUUGGUGGACGGCGAUCUCGUUCUGGAUCGCGUGGAGUAGUUGGCGAGCGGCACGCCAGUCGACGGCGACAUCGCCGGCGGCGAGAUGGGUCGGGGUCGCGCGCCGGCACGCCGCUGCGAGACGAGCCCGACGCGCCGCCCGUGGAGCCCCGGCGACCGCCGCGAGAGCGUCCUCCGUUACCUAUGAGUUUACCCCUUCCCAAGUUCGCCGUACAGCUUCUGCGUACGGUGCCGCCGACGCCGCGCCCGCAACCCGCGCCGGCGCCCGACUCUCCACCGCGACCGCCAUCAGCUUCGUCUUCCAGCACAGGCUCCGCUCCGCAUUCACCGUCUCUUGAGGAGCGCAUACGAAGUCUUGAUGAAAAAUAUGAAAAAUGGAGUGGGUCUCGAGUGUCAGCAGAUGCACCUGAUCGUACCCGACUUCGCCAUCGUCUUCUUGAUGUAGAUAUCAAUGAAGUGAAACCCUCUGAAGUUGUUCGGUCACUACUUGCGAAAAGAUCUGUAUUUGAUGAAGAUUCUGAGAGACUGGAGGGUGCAGUACGACCUCCAAGCCCGAACGGCAGUCCACGAUCGAGGUCUUCUUGUAGUGCCCGUAGUUUACGACUUCCAUAUUCAAUGCAUUCAGCUCACUCUCCGCAUCUCUCUUUAAGUCAUUUAGGGCUAGCAUCGCAUUCUCCACACCUAACUUUAAAUUCAACUGAACCGGAAGGUGAUGCUUCAGACAGGCCUGCUGAUCCGCGCCUAAAUAGACCAGAGAGACCUAUUAAGUUCGAAAAGUUGGGAAAAUUUAAUGAGAGUGACUACAGGCUUGAGUCUCGUAUAAGACCUAGAACGCCGUCGACGGAUAGAUCGCAGCUCGAUUCGAGUGAUAGAUUAUCACCCGGGACUAUAAGAGAUCAAUUAGAUGAAACUAAAGAAGAAGGAACUAGAAAGCAUCGGGACUCCACCGGAAAUUGCGAAACUGAGAGAAAAAACUCCCUCGAUUAUAAUACGAAGGAAUGUCAAGAGAGCAUAGAAUCUGUGGAUUUUGAUUUAAAAAAUAAAAUGUGUUCGGAUUUUGAUACAUCCCAUUCUACGAAAACAAAGAUCUAUGAAAAGAUUGUGUCAUCUUCAUUGACAGUAAAAAUAGAAGGGUCUCAGGAAGAUAAACAGUCUGAGGAACCGCUCAUAUUACAGUCUGAAGAAAAAAGUGCUCGUGAUGUGAUGGAUAUGUUGAUUAAAAGCGUUGAACAGCGACAUGACUCUUUAAAAUUGGAAUCUACUGAGAAACCUAACUUUUUAGUGGGCGAUAAAACCACGCUUUUGCCUGGGUAUCAUGAAAAGCUAGAAAACAAAGUUACAGUAGAUAUCGAACGUGAACAGAAAAUUAUCUGUCAAGCAAUAGACAAUAGUGACAAGAAUAAGGAAACUUUGAUUACAAAUCACGUUUCAAAAGAUAUCAAUGAUACUGAUUUGCAUCAAAAACAUUUAAAUUCUAUGAAUACGGUAAAAGUCAGUAAAGAAAGUUAUGAAUUUACCCCAGAUCUAGUAAAAUCAUGCGACAAGAAUGGAAAGGAACGGUAUAAUCAUAAUAUAUUAGAUGUUUUACAUAACACAAAACUAGAAAAGGAAAAUAUUCAUUUUGAUAAGACUUUUGAGAAAGAGAAAUAUGUUAAUAACAUCAAACAACAUAUUUCAGUAGACAAAAAAGGUGAUAAUGAAAAGCAUGAUGAGCGUUUAAAAAACGAAAGGGAAAAAUUACGUAAGGAACGUUGUGAAAAAGAUCGUCACGAAAAUGAAAAGUCGAAAGGCAGGACGGACAAGGUGUCUGACAAAAUGGAGAAAAAGUCCAAAGAAGAGUUAUUUCUUGAUAGGUAUACGGAUAAGGAAGAAAAAAUUAAAUGCGAAAAAGACGAUAAACCACAAAAGGAGAAAAAAGAUAGCCGUGACAUUGAAAAAUCUAGCAAACAUUUUGAUGAGAAGCUAUCCCGAUAUGAUCAUCACCGAAAGGAAAAAAACGACAAAGAUAAGAGGAAAGAGUCUGUUGAUGAAACAAAGUUAAAAAAAGAGGAUAAGCACAGACAUGAAAGAUGUAAAAAAGAUAGCGAAGUGAAGAAAGAAAAUAAAAAAGAUUCCGAGUGUAUUAAAAUAAGAAAAAGUUCUCGAGAUGAAACUCCGAGGGAAAUUGCUCGCAAGGAUUCAACUGAUUCUUCAACGUCUAGAGCAUCUCAUGAAUCAACACGGCUGAAGGAAUUGGAGAAUAGUGAUAUUAAAGAAGAUUCAAAGUAUAAAUUAAAACAAACCGAUUUAUUUGGGAAACUAGACAACGACAAAGAUUUUUUAUCGAAGUGUGUUGAUAUAAAGUCGGAAAAUGCAAUCAAAAUUAAAACCGAAACUCGAGAAGAUAAAGACAUGUUGGAAUUUCAACCUAAAAUAAAAAGUGAGAACGUCGAUGCUAAUUUUAAGAUCAAAACAGAUUUUACAGAAAAACAGAGACAUUAUUCACUAGAUUCGCCUAAUGUAGAUUCAAAACGGAAAGAGCGCCUAAACUCCUGUUCCAGUUUACCAUCUAAUAUUGGACAUAAACGACGAAUUUCUUCUCAAGAUAGUCUUGAUUCUAUAACAGAUGACAAUAAAAAAUCUAGGAAUGAUAAUAAAGUCUUUGAAAGAAGAGAUUCUAAAGAUUCUAAAUCUAAUGAUAGACAUAAAACUACAAAAUUUAACAAGGGACAUUUUGCUAAACUUAUCGAAAGUAAGACAAAAGAUGAUAAGAAAAAUCAAGUGAAACCACCAGAUGAGGCUUUUGUCGAUUAUAAAGAUAGCGACGCUAAAGAAAAACCCACUGAUAGAAAUAAGCCUGUAAAAAUCAAUUCGAAAGAAGAAGGAGAAAAAUCGAAUGAUAUACAACAGGAAGGAUUACACAAGGAUUUAGACUUCCUUGCCACAUUAGAACUUAGGUCUAGUGAAGAAGAUGAAAGGCAAAAAGCUCUCAGAAAAGAAAUGAAAGAAAAAAAACGAAUUCAACAGUUGCAACAAAUCCAAGAGCUACAAAUGCAGCAAGAUGCCAUGCAACAAGCUGAGCUAAUGAUAAAAAAUAAGGAUGAUAAGAAGCAAAAAUGUGACGAGAAGAAGAAAGAAGCAGCUCGUGAAAAACGCAUGUCCACAGAUCGUAAAAGUCGUGAAGAAAAAUGUGAGAGUAGUAAACGUAAGAAUCGCAAGCAUGUUCAAACUAGUGAUAGCUCUGAUUCUGACGAACCCAAAAAGCAUUCUAUUUUUGAUAUAAUCGAUGAUGGUCCGACUUAUAUAUCAAUGUACGACAAAGUUAAGGCUCGUUCAUGUAAGAAUAUGCAAAAACAAGAGGAAGAAAAGCGUCAGGAAAAAAUUAAAGCAAAAUUUAGCCAGUUUAAACAGUGUAGGGCUAAAAAAGAAGAAAAGAAAAGAUCUAGUUGGGACGAAGAUAGUGAUUCAGAUCAGGAUAAAAAGAAGGCUCCAAAGUCAUCAAUGUUAAAUAGUUCUGACGAAGAAAGUAUACUAAUGAGCAAGAGACACGACAAAUCGCAUCUUACGAACUCCGAUUGCGAUACAAAGAAAAGUGAUGAAUAUUUUGAUGUAACGUCUAAUGAAGAAAAUUUACCAAACAAGUUGUCUCGUAAAAACUCUCGGACACGUAUUAUGUCAGAUACAUCGGACGACGAUACGCCAAAAAGAAGUGUUAGUAAAAGUCCAAUAUUCCUUAAUGAAAUUAAGAAAGAACCCUUAUCAGACUCGGAUUCUAUGCAUAUGCUAAAAAGUGACGAAAUCAAGGAAGGUAGUGAGAGGAAAAUGAAAAAAAAUACAUUAUUAAACUUAUUUGGGAAAAGUGAUGGAGAUGAAAGCAAAACAAAUUGUAGCACUGAUAUGGAUCGAGAAUAUAAGGCCGCUUUCACGAAAUCUUUAUCUAAUGAAUUUUCUUCUGAAAACGAAUCAAUUACAUCGAGCAGGAAUAUUACAGAAAAUCGCAAGAAACACAAAAAGAAACAGAAGAGACAUAAGUUUUUAUAUUCUGAUGAUGAAUCUAAAGGCGAAAACAGAGAUUUAAUUUUACAAGAUGGUGACAAUAAACAUAAAACGAUUGAUAAACAGCGGCGUCAUAGUAAUAAAAAAGAAAAACGAAAAGAUAGAACGCGAGAAAGCAUUGAUACAGAUGACGCUCGAGAUGAAAAAGUUAAAUUUAGAAAAGACAAAAAGUCGCCAAAUAAUAAUUGUUUUGAUUUUGUCUCUGAAACUAGUUCCAGUAAUAUUAAAAAAGAUGGGAAGAUGGAAGAUAUAUUUGGUCCGCUGUCUGACGAGUCUGAUAAAGAUACAAGAGUACAUUCUAAGCAUAAAUCAGAUUUUCCAUCUAGGGAAUAUGACUCUAAUUAUGGUAAAAAUGAUAUAAUAGAAUCUAAAUUGAAUAACGGUGAGGGCAAACUUAAAGAAAAAGAUGAAAAUAGGCGCAGGAAAGAAAGAAAGAGAAAAGAAAGGCGUUUAUUCAAAGAAGAUGACAACAGCUUGGAUGUAGAUGCGGUUAGUAAAGCUAUAGAGGCCAGACUCUUUGCGGAAUCGAUAACUGAUGAGGAAAAUCGUUUGAGGAUUGAACUUCCGGACGGUUCUGAUAAAAGUGAUCAGCGAGAAACAAGUUUCAUAGAUUCCAAUUUAAUAAGCGAAUUUGUGAAACAGGAAAAAAUGAAAAAAGAGUGCAAAGAAAAAAAGAAAAAGAAAAAAAGAAGUAAAGAAGACAGACCAAGUCGUAAGGAGCAUCAUUUUUAUCAUCACGAAAAAAAUGAUAGAUCGGAAAAUGUUACUGACGAUUCUGUGUCAGCAUCACCUCCCAAACCCAUGAUAUUAGAUAUACCAUUACCGAAGGAAUCACCUACUAUGCCGGACGUGGAGAAAGCUGAUGAUUGUAAAUCACUUGCGGAGUCGCCAAGCUUACCUAGAUUAACAGAUAGUCCACCUAGUCUGAAUCAAGGCGAAAAAUCUGAUACUACAAAGAAUGAGUCUAACAAUUCUGACAGUCCCAACAAUGGAAACAUUGAGGAAAUGACGAUCCAUCUUCCUGGAACUAUUAUAGACAUACAAGCUAUACCGAUUCCACCGACACAAGAAAAUCUUGCUAAACCUAUAGAUAAUGUUAAUGAAAUACCUUUACCUCCCGAUAAUGUUCCACAAACUACAUCAGAAUAUAAAGUAGAUUUAUUUAAACAAUUUAGUAAUGAUAUCAGUGAAGAUGCUGUCCGUAGUAUAUGCAAUUUAAAAAAUGAUAUUGAAAAGGUUGCAGAAAAAUCGCCUAAUGAAAAAAUUGAAUUGAAGACUAAUAAACUCGAGAAAAAGGUAGACGAGAAACCAAGAGCCGUUAUUUCACAAGAAGAAACUGAAGAUGCAGUCGCAGCGCUUUUGGGUGAAAGUUUUGGAGGUAAAGUUGAUAACUUUGCUAACUGUUAUGAAGAACCUGAAACUGUUUGUGGUAACCAAAAUGAAAUUGUAAACGUCAAUAUUGAGACUGAAAAUAUUCCAGAGGAGGACGCAGAAGAAAUGAGACAAGCUGUUCAGAAUUUAAAUGCAAGUGAAAUGGAAAUGAAACCAGAUACUCCAGUGUCUGAUAAUGAUCUUUUACUUAUUGAUACAGACACAGAAGAAACGGAAGAAUCAACUCAAGAUCCAAUUGAAAGAUUGCCAGUUAAUAUCAUUGCUACGAAUCAGGCUUUAAAUGUCAGUAGCGAAAGUACCAAAACUUCUGAUGUAAGUAAUAUUGUAACAUCAAAGUCAAAAACGCCUUCAAUACAAACUGCGUCUCCUGAAGUUAGCGAAACAACUACAAAAUCUAAUGAUGAGGCAAAAGUACAACUGGCUAAAAGAGAAAAUGUGCAAAUUAUGACAUCUGCUGCAACUCCUGUAAUAACCUCUUGGACACUAAGCAACAAUAAAUUGAUUGAACCACACAUGGUUAAUAUUCAAGCUAAUUCAUUAGUUAGCAGAGAUAAAAGUGAAAAUAAGGCCACUCAUAUUACAGCGAAUAUUUUACAAAUUAAAGCUCCUCAAAACCAAAAUGUAUCAAUGAGUAACUCUCUGAGACCUAUAGUUGCUCCUACUAGAGUCAGUGCUCCAUAUCAAGUUAUUAAUCAAAUAAUCCGUCCGCCAGUAUCUAAUAUACAACCACCCACUAUUAAAAUUCCAGAACCUCAUAUUUUAUAUCAAAAGCCACAAGGAAUUGUGAUUUCUCCUCGCAUGUCUAACGACCCUCGUUUGUUGAGCCCUAAAACCAGCCCGCAAGGAGAGAAAAUGACAUCACCACGACGUACAAACAUGGCAAUAUUAAACACCUCACCCCAGAAUAUAAACUCCGUUGGAGUGGCAUCACCCAACGCUAUCCAGCAAAGAUCUCCUGGACACGUCACAGUGGUAAGGAUGCAGCAACCGCCGUUAAGUCCUAUUCAAGCUGUACAUAUCCCACAUGGAACAAGAGCAAUGGUGUCACCUAAUAGACCUAAUUCAGUAUUGGUCCAAGCGCAAGGCAGUCCAAUUCAUUUUAACCGUCUUCCCGUUACACCAGUUUUAACACCAAUAUCGAAACAGAUGACCGUCAACAAUAUAGUUCAACAAACAAAAAAUAUUAGUGUGAAUUCACCUUUGAUACAUCAGCAGAAAGUAAUUCCGAGUGAACAAAGAAAGAAUGACCAAAACUUUAUACAAGAAAAUGUAAUAGAAAAUUCUAAAAUAAUACUAUCUCCUACAAAUUUGCAACAUUGUACAAAUCCUACGGUAAUGGCGCAAAAUCGGCUAAUAUCAAUGCAAAAUAGUAUGCACGUUACUAAUUUGAAUUCAGCUUCACAUGCCAAUAAUAAAGUUUUAGUUAAUUCUGUGAACCAAAUAAAUGAUAAGAGAGAAAAUCAAUCGCAAAAAGUAGAACAAUUAAACCACGCGCCGUUUUGUCCCACGCCUAUCAUUCAUGUUGCUGGAGUAAAUCAGUCUACUAGCUCAAUUAUCCAAAGUAGCGCAAAACCUAUUGUCUGUAGCCUGCCGGAAACAAAUUCUGUUAGCAGAGGGCAGGGGUCUAAUGUUAUACAUACAAUAAAUUCUCAACGGUUAUUAACAUCGACAUCCUUGGGAAAUGUGAUACAAAUAGAAUCAAAUAAAGGACCACCUUCAGUGUUAUCGAUGGCGUCAAUCAAAACGCCCUCUGUCUUAACAAAAGUGGAAACAUCUAAUGCAGCAGUCAUCACUACUAAUCAUAUUUCAGCAGUGUCACAGCUAUUACUGAAAACCAGUACUCCAAAUGAAACUUCUAGAUAUAAUAUCAAAGAUGACAAAGAACCCGAACAUAAUAAGUCGUUGCAAAAUCACACACCUCAUGAUAAAGAUAUUAAAAUAGAGACUGACGAAAUAAGAGAUACUAUUGUUAAACAUAAUACAGUAGAUCCCGUUAAAUCCUCUGUCGAAAACAUCACUAAGGGCGAAACCGAUUUUGAAGAACUACUCAAAGAUAAAACAAAUGAAAUUAAAAUUACUAAUGAUCUUGAAAAGAAACUUGAAGUUAAUGUCGGUAAAACAGUAACUUUAUUUGCGGCUAAAUCAUCAGACUUCGAAACCAGUAAGAGUAUUGUUUAUCCCAAGAAAGAAAAUGAAUUAGAAAAGUCGUGUGAUUUUAUAAUCGGAGAUGAGUCUUCUUCCCAGCAAUCGACAUUUGAUGACAAAGAUGACAAGAAUAUAUUAAAUUGUGAGACGUUAAAACUUACUAGUGAAGAUAAUGUUGGUGCAAAUACAGAAAUUAAAUCGGAAGAAGACAAUAUAUCCGAGAAAGAUAUUGUAUUAGAAAAUUCAGAUAUUAAAAUACCUGUAAUAGAAGAAGAGACUACACAAAAUUCAAUAAACUUUAAGCUCGAUGACGAUAAGAGUUUAGAUAUGGCAGCGGAUCUUUCGGAAUCUUCUGAUAAUCAAAUGAAAUGUAUAGAGGAAAAUGAUUCUUGGAGCACCAAAGACCUUAAUAUUGAAUCAGUUAUUAAAAAAGUGGACUCUUUAUGUAACGAAAUCACGGAAAUAAAUGAUAUAAAAGACGAGAAUGGAAAAGAUAUGGACAAAUCUAAGCGUUUAAAUACAUCUAACUCACCAGUUUUAGCUAUAGUCACAGAAACAUUGUCUAAUAAAGCCGAUCAUUUUGAAUAUGAUACUACAUCUGAUAAUAAAUUGGCCCAAGGCUCAGUAGUUGAUAAAUUCCUGCCUGCCUCUAAGAGAGGAGGCCGUAAUAUGAGAGGGAAAAAAUUAGAUAAAGCGCAAGACAGAGUACAAACUCGUCAAAUUACAAAAACACCACGUGGAGGCAUAUCAGCGAAACGAGGUAGGGGACGAGCAAAAGUGGAUAAAAAAGUAAAGAAUCUUGUCAAAAACAAUGCGAACACAAUCCCAGGAGAUGUAUAUGAUUUUCAUGAAGAUUCGGGUGACGAAUCCGCUACUUCAUCAAAUAAAGUUGAAACUCGCCCAAGAUUGAUUUUGACAAUAAAGAGCCCACUAUCCGGUCUUACAAAUAUGACUGCCACAUCUACAUUGAGCAUAUCACACAAAGAUAUUAAAUCUGGUGAAAAAACUAUCAAGGAAGAAAGAACUGAGGAUUUUGUAUUGCCUUCACCUUCGCCUACGUCCUCGACUUUUAAUACACGAAAAUCUAGGAGACUUCAGGAGAAAGACAUUCUACGGAGUUCUGCUGACGAUGGCAUCGAGGACGGUGUGAAAGUACUGAAUUCAAACACAAAGGUCGGCAAAGAAAGUAAAAAGAGACCAAUGCGACAAACUGGGACUAAAUUGAACAUUCACGAUAAGUCUACAACAGAUACCCGUAAAUCGCCGAGAGGUGUCAAAAGAACAAGGGAUAGAAGUUUAUCAGAUGCGUCUAUGGAUAGUGGAGACGAAAAAAUUUUCAAAAGCGAAGAUGGUGCUACUGAGCCCAAAUUGCCCAGAACACAGGAGAAUAUUACUACUGCACGUGAUGAAUCAGUGCAGCCAACACCCACGCGCAUUGUUACUGCAGCGCCCGCACCCGUGUCCAACCCAACUUCUGUACCGGCCCCCGUCGCGGCACCCGCGCCGCCGAUGGGGCCAGCUCCUGUUCACGUUCCGGUAUUAAGCCCAGUGACGACAUCAACUACUGCUGUUAUAGUCAGUCAGACAAUCGUUCCCACCACCCCUACACCAAUUACGAAACCUCCAAAGAAGAUGAUAUCAGAAAUCAGCGCGAAACUGGCUUGCGCCUUCGAGGCGCAGCAACAGGUGGAACGUGCGCAGGCAGCGCCCGGCGGCGAGACACGCGAGAGAGACAGUGUGCCGCCCGCGCUGGUACCCGUGGGCGCCACCGAGGCCACGGACGCGCGGGUGCAGUCGCCCGCGCUGCCGCAUCGGCCUCCCUCUGCGCCCGCCACUCCUGCACCGCUUCGACCCGCCGAUCGCGCCACGCCAGUGCUUGUCAGAAGCGGGGACGGAGAGGGCGUGGUGGGCGCCGGGUCGCGCGUGUACCGCGCGUAUGCGGGCGGCGCCAGUCUGCCGCGCGGUGCGCAUCACCCGCCCGCCGAGCCGCAUGCUGGUCUCGCCGCCGGACACGUCAUCGGACACGCCGCCUCGCUCGCCGCCGGACACGCGAAGCAGGUCGCCGUGGUGGGGCCGCACCCUCGUCCACAUCACCCUGGUGCCCAGUCGCGGAUCACUAUAACGAGCGUGCCCCCGAUCAGUCCACAGAGCCAGAUGUCUAUCGGCGACGGAAUCUACCCUCAUUUUUCACAUCAACAUUAUCAGAUGUAUCAACAACAUUUCCGCGCAACACAGCAUGAUAGCCGCGCUACACCAUCUCCUUAUACCAGAUCAUUGGAAGCGGAGGGGUGCGAGGCGCCGACUCCGCCGCUAGAGUUACGGCGGCCUCCAUCCGCACGCGUCCCGCGCCCCGCCCACUCGCCGCGAUUUAACGCAACACGCGUGGUGGUGCGAUCUCCACCGCCGGCGCACGGGCUGGCGCCGGCCGGCCCGCCCGGCCCGCCGCACGCCUCUCAGGUUCCGCGCGAGGCCGACUCGCUGCAGAUGCUGCUCAGGCGGUACCCGGUCAUGUGGCAGGGGCUAUUGGCGCUGAAAAACGACUCGGCCGCGGUGCAGAUGCACUUCGUGGGCGGUAACCCUAACGUAGCAGCCGAUACGCUGUCGCGCCACGGUAACACGCCGCUGCUACGCAUCGCUCAGCGCAUGCGUCUUGAACCACAACAGCUCGACCAGGUGCACCGCAAGAUGAAAAUGGAGAACGAACAUUGUAUGUUGCUCGCGCUGCCGUGCGGCCGCGACCACAUGGACGUGUUGCAGCAGUCCACCAACUUGACCGCUGGCUUCAUCACUUACCUGCAACGCAAGCAGGCCGCCGGCAUCGUCAACAUCGCUCCACCCGGCCACCAACAGGCGAUGUUCACGGUGCACAUCUUCCCGUCGUGCGACUUUGCCAACGAAAAUCUAAACCGCAUCGCGCCCGACUUGAUGCAUCGCGUUGCUGACAUUGCGCACCUGCUAAUAGUCAUCGCCACCGUGUGAGCCUUGACCACGGUCGUCAACUCGGACAAACAACACUCGUCUCGGUGUCUGCAUGUCACUAUGAUGAUGCAGCUUACUUCACUAAGGACUUAACUACUCCAAAUGCGAAAUCGUGUUUGUGAGUAUCAUACUGAAAUGUAACGCAAAACACCUAAACGGUCGUUCGAAUAUUUAUAAUAAACGCAUUGUAAAUAUGGCCAGGUUGUGAAAACUUUUGUAAUCAUUAAUUUUAUCUUAGCAAUCGAUCGACCUGGUAAGAAAAUUAGAUGACAGAAAUUAUCUUCCAGAAUAAUGAAAGUUGGUAGGAAUUGAGUUAUGAUACCUCUGCGAAGCUGACGUGUUGUCGUUGAGAGAUUGUAUUAUUUAUAUGAAGCCGGGCUGCGCCGCGGUCCGCGUCGCGGUCCGCGCCCGGUCCGCUAACGACCCUUCACUCGAGUAAGUGCUAGAUGUAAGACAUAGCUUAUUUGUAUGAUACUUUUGUUAUGGUCGACUGGGCUCGACGCUAUUCGGAGUUUAAAUUUAUAAAAAAUAUUAUACUAAACUGCAAAGUCACUCGAUAAAAAUAUAUUUAAUUUUGGGUUCCGAUUAGAUGAGCGGCAAUCUAUCGAGCAUUUUUUAUUGUUAGUGUAAAUUGUUAUUUUGUUUUAAGCGAUUAGGUCUAAAAUAAUUUAAAUUCUGUAAAUAUCGAAUCUAUUCGUACUAAAAUUCGGUUUUGUUUAAGUCAUUACGGUAGGUAAUGGAAAACUCAUGAAUACUGGGUCGAAUGAUUACGUCUUAUUUGUAAAAAUAUCAUAGGUAGGUAAUUAAUAAUUUUAAAUUAAGGAAAAAUACACAUGGAAAAUAAACUGUGAUUCUGACUUAAAUGUAGACUGUAGGUAGUCUUACGGAGCACACAGAACAGUGUGUGACUUGCGACCGGCGGCGACCGACCUCGCUCGCGGCGUCUACUCUCUACACCGUUCGAUUUAACCCUCCUGAUGUAUUCAUUUUUGUUCUCUUUGUAUAUAAUAAGCCGAGCACAUAAACUUUAUUUCACAGCCCUACUGUUUCCAAGCAUAAAUAUUGCAUACGUUUAUAUAUAUCCAAUCUUUAAAUAUAAAUAUGAAAAAAUAAUCCUAAUGAUUAAAUUAUACUUUUUUUCCCCUACGCGAGUUAUCUUCUUACCUUAUAACAGUCCAUUUGAUUGUGAUGUAUGUGAGUAAUGUUCAAGUGUUUUAUAUGACAUUUAAUACUGUUAGAAGGUACGUAGUUUGAGGUCUGGCGUGGCGGCGACGUUUAUAGCUAAAUACAUACUAUGAUAGUAUAUCCUUUGAGGUUAUUGUCAAUGUGAUAUAAGUCGAUCGGUAUUCAAAAACAUUCCUCGAAAGCCUUAAUGGUGAUUCUCUAAAUAAAAAUGAAUGCGUUUGGUGUUCGCAAUGGCAGUGUUAUGAGCCAGUAAUGGUCAGCGUUGCCGCCUCGCUGUCACUGUUCGGCAGAGUGCCAUACUCUCGCUCACGACGUAAGAAUAUCGCGUCCGCCUACGUUUGACGCAACCGGAUCUCAUGGCCGCUCCGGUCGCGGCUCGCCGCAACAGUUUUUCUCUUUGUACUGCCAUCCUCAUUUGCCGCUACUGCACGUUAUUGUUUAAUCACCUUAAAUAUAUUAUGUUUGUAUAGAUAACAAUUUUUAUAUUUUGUAGAUUGAGUCGCUUUCAACCGUUUUGUUCUUCUCUUUAUAGUAUAAAGGUAAAUGUUUUAACACAGUCUAACAAUAUUGUACUUCUCAUAUGAAAAUUAUUUUUUAGUAUUGUUCAGCAUAAAUUUUUGGAUAAUGGCAUUUUAGUAACAUUGCACGUAUAGUUAGAUUAUGGUGCGACGGUUCUGUCGUACGUAAAAUCAAAGUACAAAAUAUUUUAUGUAUUGUAAUUUUAUAAUGUACGAUAGAAAAUAAUAACACGUGUAAUAUUGAUUUUAAGAUUAAAUUAGGAUGUAUAUGUAAUAUUAUAUUGUUUGUCAUGUUUCCGUCGCAAACAGUUUUCGACUUGGCUAAGAGAAACACUUAACGAACUCGUCACUUCGUCCAUUAAUUUUAACAUACUUUAUAAUUUUAUUAGUAAACAGAUGCCCAUUGAUGUAUGUUCUAUAUUUAUUAUAAUUUGGAUUCCUUGUAAAGGAACUCAAUGUAAAUAGGUACAUAAGGUCUCCUAAAAUAUAGUGGAAAUCACGUCAAAUAUUAAGACUUCAUUAAAAAUAUAAGUAAUAAAUGAGGAAUAUAAAUGAUUAUAUUCCAGUCAAAAAAGUAUUUACGUAUUCAUUGUAAUAUACAAGGAUGUAGCCAUUGACAAAACAUUGUUUCAAACAAUGUGAUAGUUCUGAUUUUUGUUUGGUACGAGUAUAGUAUCAGUAAUCUAGAAGUCACAACAGUCGAAGGUGUUGAAAACCUCUUUUAAUGGUUUGUUACCUAAUUUAAUCGGUUUCCUAAAUCCACAAAUUAAGGUUUAGGAUAACGAUUGACUAGUGUAAAAAAUGCCUCUCCACAAGUUUUAGUUGAUGGUUACAUCUUGUGGUCUACGUUAUCGAAAUGUCAAUUACUAAUAUUUAACAUUCUGGAAAAUCCAUUCUUAAAAAAUAUUGUUAUUCUAAGCUGAUGAGAUAAAAUUGAUUCUUUGAAUGAUUAAUGACAUAAGCUGUUUCAAUCCUAAAAAUGUAAAACUAACUAUACGUGAGAAGUAUAAUAUAGUUUUAUUGGUUUAUUUAUUACUUGGAUUCAAGUUAGAGUCAGAUUCCAUUUCGGGGUGUCCUCAAUAACGGGGCUCAUUGAGGAGGCCGCGACGUCGGGUCUGUCCGCGUCACUCGAGGCCGGAGUGGUCACAUGAGGAUGGAAUGGUUACGUGUUCUAGUUGCGUUCCGACGGCGGCUGUUGUCCACGUGUGAGAUGAUAGAGUUUUAAUAUUUUGUAAAAUAACAUUUGAUCUCAAGUGUGCAGCAAAUGUGAAAGUGAGAGUUACGAUUGUCGAUAAACACAACAGGCGCUUUCGGACGCGAACUGCUUCUGUACUCGCCGUUGGUUUUGUUCUGACAGUGUAUGGAUAGCAAGAAAUUGUGAUCAUAAUUAUAGUUUAACUGCUAGAUUGUAUAAGUAAUUGUAUAUUUUGUACAUAUUAAAAUAGUAUUGUAUCUUACUUCCUCCCUUUAUCCAAACAACCCAGACUCGUGUGUGUUAUGUACCUCCUACCAAUACUAUUAAAAAAAAUAUUACACAAAAGUGUAUUUAUUUUUAGUUUUGUAACACUCGUUUUCCAAUGAUUUUUAUGAUACUCAAUAAUUAAGUGACUUAAAGAUACAUAAUAAAAAACAUGAAAAAUUAA